AUGGCAGAUGAACCGCCAAGACGAUCGCGCUCACGGUCACCAUCACGCCGUGGGCCUCGACCAAACCGUGGCGGGUUCAGGUGGAAAGACAACAACCGAAGGAACGACGAUCGAGAUAGUGGCCGUCGUCGAGACUUUCGCGACCGUUCUAGAGACAGGGACAGUGGCAGAGACAGAGGACGAGGCUACAGAGACGGAGAUGGUGAUCGGGACCGCGAUAGAUACAGAGAUGGACCCCGGGACAGGAACAGGGACAGGGAAAGGGACAACAGAGAUAGAGAUCAUAAGGGCAACCGCGAUGACAAUCGAAGAGGCCCAGACCGAUUGCGGUCGCCUCGACGAAAUGACCGAGAUUCUCGAGACAAGGGAGACAGCAAGAAAGAGAAGGCCAGCAAACCCGCCCCAGCCCCAGCAGCCGGAGGCGAAGAAAUGAUUAUUGUCCACGUCAACGAUCGUCUAGGAAGCAAAUCUGCUGUUCCAUGUCUCCCGUCGGACACGGUUGGGCAGUUCAAGAUCAUGGUAGCCGCUCGUAUUGGACGAGAACCAAACCAAAUUAUGCUGCGAAGACAAGGAGAGCGUCCAUUCAAGGAUCACAUUACAUUGGAAGACUAUGGAAUCUCGAAUGGCGUUCAACUAGAUCUGGAGAUUGAUACGGGCGAUUGA